ACGGACCCCCGACUGGCCGACCCCAGGCGGCAGAGGAGCCAGAGGCGGCUCUGAGCCCAGCCCGGUACGACUCUGGCAAGUGCCUUCCCUGUGAGCCUCUGAACGCCGAGCCUGCCAGCCUUCAGGAUGGAAAACCGAGUCUCCAAGAAGUGAGAUGGCUUGCCUAGGGUCACUCUGGGAGUGUUAGAGCACCAGUGAGAAGCAGCCCACCACACCAGCCACAGGAGAAGGCCUUGGGCCUGAGACCAGGCAGAAUUCUAUUCCAGAGGAGAAGGGCCUCGGCUAGAGGAGGAGUGGAUCUCGGUCUGCCCUCAGGAUCGGCCUCCCCAUCAGGCCUCAGCUGGCAGGCAGGGUUCAUGUGUGACUGUUGUAAGCUCUUUGCAGCCUUUGGUGGUCCCACUCGGCCUUCUGAAAGCAUGAAGGGCAGCCUGACCCUGGUUGGCAUCCUCUGGGCCGUGCUGUCUCUGCUCACUGCUGUGGCCAGCACCACCAGCUACUUCCUACCUUACUGGCUCUUUGGCUCCCAGCUCGGGAAGCCAGUGUCCUUCAGCAUGUUCCGGCGUUGUAACUACCCUGUCCGAGGUGAAGGGCGCAGCCUGGUGAUGGUGGAAGAGUGUGGCCGCUAUGCCAACUUUAACGCCAUCCCCAGCCUGGCCUGGCAGAUGUGCACCGUGGUGACGGGCACAGGCUGUGCCCUGCUGCUCCUGGUGGCACUGGGGGCCAUCCUGGGUUGCUGCAUGGAUGAGCUCAUCUCCAGGAUCAUGGGCCGAUGCAUGGGAGCAGCCCAGUUUGUGGGAGGUCUGCUGAUUGGUGCAGGCUGUGCCUUGUACCCCCUAGGCUGGAACAGCUCUGAGGUGAUGCAGACCUGUGGGAAUGCCUCCAGUCAGUUUCACUUAGGUACCUGCCAGCUUGGUUGGGCAUACUACUGCGCUGGGGGCGGAGCUGCAGUGGCCAUGCUGAUCUGCACCUGGCUCUCCUGCUUUGCCGGAAGGCUUCCCAAGCCCAUCGUGAAUUCGUACACCAUGGAGCUGGAGCAUUGCCUCCACCCCUGAACCAGCUGGCCGUUCUAGUCUCUUGGGGUGCUGGGGGUGGGGAAGGGCAUGUCUGGGAAGGAAGUCCAAGGCUUUCUCCCUACCAGUUCCCCCAACCCCUAAGUCUUAGCCUUAGCUACCGCUUUCUCUUUUCCUUUUCACUUGCCCAAAGCCAGGGGGGCUAGGAGCCAUUGACUAGAUUGGUAUGGGAUAUUAGCUUUACAACUUUCACACUUUUCUUCUUCCCUCCUUCCCCCUGGGGUCUCCAGGCCCUCAAGGGUUCCUUUCCCCCAAAUGCCUCAAGAAUCCUCCACCAAAACCCAUCAAUACUUCCCUGAGCGCUUAUGACUAUUAUUCCUAUGUGGUUGGCACAAACGUCCUUUCCUAUUGAAUGAUAGACCUAGAGCUGUAAGAGAUCCUUGAACUCAUGAAGUACAGCCUCCUGAUUGGAUACAUGAGGAAACUGAGGCCCAGAGAUCAUGAAGCCCUAGAGCUGGGAUCUGGGCCCUUGGAGCUCCUCCACCAUGCUGCCCAGCAACGUUCUUACACCAGCCACGUCCUGCCACGGGGCAGCUUCUCCCUCACUUUCCAAAUAAGGGCCCCCUCCGUGCUUCUUGCCUCCAUAUGCCAAUUGUUAGCAAUGGCUCUGCCUGCUCAGGAAUCACUCUAGAUAGACACCACACAGAGAAGGCUGGGCACAUUCUAGCUGAUUCCAAGGGUUCCUACAUCAGGCAGUGGAAUAGGGGCCAGCAGGGGCUGAGAAGGGAGAUGAAGUGCAGGGGAGGGGGGCACUACCCUGGCAGUCAGGAGGCCUGCAUUUGAAUCCCAGUCCUGCCACUUGCUUGCUGUGGUCGCCUCCCUGUGCCUCAGUUUCCUCAUGAGGAAAAUAAGGGGAGGUUGAACUAGAUGAUUUCAGAGGGUCCUGAUUCCAGUCCUGCCAUUUUACAAUUCUCCUGAAUCCCUUGGAGAUCCCAAAAAGGACCCUGGAGCCUCCAUUUGAAUUGGAAAUGGGUCUGGGGAGCUUGCUCUAAGAGGAUUUCUUUCUGAGCUCUUGAAGAGAUUUCAUGCCUUAGCAGCUUUCUUCCUAGGUGGAUAGAGAUGCAUUUUUCGGCUCGGAUUUCCCUUUCACAUGCUUACAAGACAAGUCUGCCAGCAUUGACUCCCUCCUGACCCCAGCCCUGGCCACUAUCCUGCUUCCCUCCAGGGCCACACAAACAGUCCUGAAAGGGAUUAAGGAGCUGGUCAGGCGGCACUGUAGUGUGCUUUUUGCAGGCCUUUUUGGCCUGGCUUUCAGUCCCAGCCCUGAUGCACACUAGCCAUGGGACAGUGGGCAAGUUACACCAAUUCAAGUCUCCAUUUCCUGUGCCUCAGUUUCCUCAUCAGCACAAUGUGAUAGCAAUACUUCUGCCCCCUUUCUCCUUCCCAGGGUUGUUGGAAGGAAAGCAUUCUACACAUCUUAAGGAGUUUGAGAAAUGGGUCUGUUACUCAGAACAUAGCUUGCUACUGAGCAGUCCAGGGUCAAAGCAUCACAAGGAGGGAGGGGGAGGCUGACUGCUGACUGUGACAGAUUCAAGGGAAAGAGGCAAGGCUCUGGCUCAGGAAACCUCUCAGCCACCAUUCUGGGACCACCAGAGCCCCCCUGCGUAGCCUUCUGUCCUCAUCUAGGCAAAAGCUGUGGGGCAAAAAGGCCUCACUCAUUCCACUGGCAUUUGGACAAAUGGGGGUCUCUUUACAGAAUCAAUCAUUUAGAGAGAUUGGAUUUGGGGCCACUUAUGAAAAUGUCAAUGCCUGCCACUCACGGUCAUCUUGUUGAACCCUGUGAAACAGGCUUUUGGCUCCUUGGGGCAACAAGAGGCAGGGUCCCUUUGCCAAACCCAUGCUGCCAUGGGGCUGCUCCUGCUGAGAGGGACAUUGCCUGGGAAUUACAAUCUGGGCUAUUCUCUCUUCCCCCCCUCCAGCACAUGGUAGGGUCUCCAGGGCACCCACGAGUUUCACAGCAUCAUGGUGUGGUCUUAAAUAAGCCAGUCUGGGCUCCCUCUAGGAUGGGAGGGGGAGGGGGAAUGAUAUCAAGGCUAAAAAUAAACCAGCAGGCACUUGGUGCCCUGGUUCCUGGGCUUCUGAGGAGUGAGAUGCUGAAGUUACACUUUGAAUGUUGUCAUGAGAAUGGAGCCUGUUAGGGGUCAUUAUUGUUAGGACACAGGAGGUGUUCCAGGUACUUUCAAAAACGUGAGUUCCCUCCCUUGUAGCUCUCUUACCAGGGGUCUGCUACCCCAGGCUCCCCUCUUCCUAUUUCCCUUCCCUCUCCAGAAUCCCUCCUCCCCCCUGCACAGUGCUCACUUCGCUGUUUAAUAGAGAGAGCAAGGGCCCUAAAGUGGUAUAGGAACACCAGCUCCACCCUGGAGCCAAUGAGCUGCCCAGGGUUGUUACUGUGGCAUCUUCUCAUCUGGAGCAGAAGAGACAAUAGAACAGUAGAGCAAAAAUGAAUGAUAAGACCUUUGCUGGGAUAUUUGAAAAAGGUUGAAAAAGAGGGCUCAGAGAAGGCAGAGGUCCUGUCCCUUAGCGAUGAGGGUAGAAGGCCUGAGCACCGUGACCUCUGUGCUUCCCUCCUGUCAUGGCCCCUGGGCUCAGAGCCCUCAACAUGGGCUCUGAAAUGAAAAGACUACAGUCCCUGCCCACCGGGGUGCUCUCAGCCUCACUGAGGAGACAAUAUUGGGCCUAUGGUUGGUAGAGGACAGCAACAGAGACUGAGCAGAGAGUGGCUUGGCAGAGAAACCAGCAGUAAAGAGAAUAAAGCAGUGGAAGACCCCAGUGGUUCAUAACACCUUAUAGUUCAAUGACAUCGCUAGGCCAGCAGAAGACAUCAGCUCAUAGGCCAUGUGCAUUCCCUACAUGUAUCAUCUCCCAGUGAUGGUGUGGGAAGCUGUGGGAGAAUGAAUGCCUGGGUGUACACUUGGUGGUUAUGUUCUCGUGGGAAUUCCUUUUAUUUACAGGUUGGAUUAGAUGGCCACUGAGGUCUCUUCCAACUAUCAGAUUCUUUGUGUGUGUGCAGUGUGUGCAGAUUGGGCAGGAGUUCUUUGUCAUUUAUUCGCUACGCUCUUUUAAUUAAACAUCUUUUGCUUUGAA